CUUGUAUGUUUAUAAUGCCUGUACACUAUCGUUAAAUUGAUGUUCAUUUGCAAUACGCCUAACGUUACGUUGUAGCCAUGAAUUUGCAAUAAACUAAAGCUCUAACGUUAGCGUUGUCGGUUCUAAAACCGCUUUUCACGGAAGUAAAAGGGGAAAUUUCUUAUUUGCGUGAACAGAGAGACAAGACAAACGUCCUGGACAAGUGCAAGGCGCGUCCCCGACCCUUUAUCUCACCUGCACGGCGAGUUAAACACCUGUUCUCACGGCACACACCUUCCUGGCGACCAGGUAAACAAACGUCACCAUAACAAACGUCGUCAUGGGACCAAACACGCGAGGCAUGCCGGGAUACAUGCCUGCCUGCCAUCUUGGAGGUUUUUGUUUCUUCGCGAUCGUCUUGUGGGUCUCAAGUCACGAAAUUCUAUCCUCUUGGGGAUCCUUCGUCUUGUCUUUUGUCCUCAGCGUCUUGCAAGACGUCUUGUGAACUUGUACGCCGUUCGCAGAAGGAGUAGGGAGAAGAGGAGCUAACAUUUUCGCAGCGGCUUCUCAGUUUCAUCUCCAGCGGUACCUAGGAUCCUCCGCUGCCGAGGAGGUUGGAGAUACACUCCCUGGAGAGACGGAGGUUGGGAGAAGGAACCUUCCAAGUGUGCAAUGACCGCCGUCCUGCCGCCCCAGCAACCCAGCGCUAGCUAUGGCACGGACACUGGGAUAGGGUCGGGGGACUCCUUCUUCGACGACACGCCGACGAGCCGCACGCGUUCUCCCUCCCCUGCCGCGGCCCGACGGUCGCCCUCCCCUCCCCGGCGUAAAGCCACGAUGUCCGGCGGGAAGACUCGCUCCCGGUCCCGAUCAGACUCCUACACGGACGCCUCGUACUCCGACUCGUUCGACUCCGAGUCCGAGACUAGAACGCCGACUCCUACACGGGCCGGUAAGAAGAAGGGAAAACGGGCGUCAAGCGAAACUUCCAGAUCUCCAAGAAAAGCAAAAACUACUGUCACGAAGCACCAUGCAGGGUCCAGAGGUCCGCGGUACCGGCCGCAGAGUCUACAGAACACGCCGCGGCCGCAAGGACAGGGCGAUGUCACGCGUCGCAUACUCUCAGCGCGGCGUGUUAAAAUCAAGGACCUCACGAGUCAGAUCUUCGAGCUGCAGCGGGAGCUCGACGACUUAAGACGGGAGAACAAACUCCUCAAGACGCUGCAACACAAGCAAGAAAAGGCGCUGACAAGAUUCGAGGAUCAGGAAAGCGACCUGCCGCAACUUCUCGCGCGACACAGCGCGGAGGUUCGGAACUUGAAGGAGCGGUUACGACACAAACAGGACAGUAACCACCGCUCGGAACAGAAGAUUAAAGACUUGCGGGAUGACCUGGAGAAAAAGGAGCACCAGGUCUCCAAGCUGCAGAAAAUCGUCAGGGACAAAAAUCUUGCCGAGAGAGAUGAGCUGAACAGGAAGCUGAUGAGGACAGAGCAGAUGCUGCUGGAUAAGGAGAAAAAAGUCACCGAGUUGAAUAAGCACCUGGAGCUGGUACAGGGCAGCUCAACACGACAGCUGAACGCUGAGCGGGCGCGACACAAGGAGACUCAGGACAAACUCUCGUCACUGCAGGAGGAGUACGAACGUCUUCAGAAUAAACUCAAGGAAAAAGAGAAGGAACUGGACAUCAGGAACAUCUACUCCAACCGGUUAAAGGUCGGCGGGUCCAAAGCACCCAGUGUGGAAAACAGCCCCAGGAGACCCAAGCUCCAGCCCCAUCAAUUGCAAGUCCCUCCACUGGCCAAGUGUGUAGAGUAUCUAUUAGAGACCUUGCAGUCGGCUCAAAAUAAGAAUACUGCGACCGAUGAGUCCAAGGACGACUCCUUCUUCCUGACGGCACAGCUGAACGACUCGCUGGAGGAGGAGAGAAGGAGGCGGGAGGAAGAUGAUCGCAGGGUGAGGAGACGUCUUAGAUAUAGUCAGAUCCAAAAGAUUGGAUCUUGGAAUCCAUUUUCCGUGAUUCAGUUUAACGACGAGUUUGCGCCGGAGAAACAGGACGCCGGGAAGAACAAGUCCAACCUCAUGGAGUCCCUGUUUGGGGAAACAGAGCGAAAACCGGACAGAAAGCAAAGCUCUUUCGGGGAAGACGACAUUUUCUCAUCCAGUACAAAAGCUAAGCCCGUAAAGGAUCGUUCGGCCUACCCCUGGGAGAAAGAAGUGAACGUUGCCACAAACAAGAAGAACACGAAGCUCGAGCCAACCUCAACGCUGUAUGGCGGCGGUUCUGCGAUCGUGGACGAGGAACCCAAGUUCACCACGAGCAAACAGUCGCCGUUCUUGCCCCGGCGGCCGCGAAGAGAGAACAGUUUCGGUAACAAGCCUGCGAUUAAUGCGGUGGACUCAUUUGAUGAUGAGAUAGAGGAGGUGAUUCUAUGAAGCUGUCUGACACAGGAAUGUGUUCAAAAACUGGUCACUCUGAAUUUGGAAAGAUGUAUGUGAGCAGUCUUGUGUUGUUGUUUGGAAAUUACACACAAUUUGUGGCAGACAUACAAUUUGUGGCAGAUUCAUUUGUUAUAAAUCUACUGUACUACAAAUUAAUAUCUGACAUCAUAUUAUAGUGUGUACGAACUCAUUCAUACUGUAAUAACUGUCCUAAACCUCAGUAUAAACUCAUCUCUGGUUGUACAUUUGAAUAUUCACAUAUAAGAGCUGGGUACGUCACUGUACUUUUAAAAUUUGUUUGAGAACCUGGGUCAUUUUUGAAACCAUGAGAAAAAAAUGUAUAUUGUCGCAUUUCAAUUCAUGACAAGAAAGAAAGUAUAUUGUGAAAACGUGAGUAAAUGUAGUGUUAUCAAGUGCAAGACAUCUUUGUGUUGGUCCCAGGUUUUGUGAGGUCUGCCU